AUGUCGACAAAUCAGUUCCCAAAACAGUGUCCUAAUUGUCUGAAAAGGUACGGAGAUGCAACGAGACCUUGGUGCAAGAAGUGCGACUUUUCAAAGGUGUUUGGCGAAUGGACGAGUGGUGAUGAAGCAAUCGACGAACUUAUUAAAAUGACACAAAAUCGACAGGGAAACUAUGACGACAAUUUCUUGGAAUGGAUCCCUUUUGAUCGCAUCCGUGAUAAACAAAAAGUUGGACAAGGAGGAUAUGGGACCGUCUAUUCUGCGGAAUGGAUUGAUGGGAAAAGGUACUGGGAUCAAUCAACAAGGGCGCGACAACCCUGCAAGGUGGCAUUAAAAUGUCUAAACAGCGGAACGGAAUCUCAUCAAAUAUUUAUUGAAGAAGUACGUUCUCAUUAUGAGGUGCAUAAUACUUCUUUCAUGAGUAAUUCGUUCCCAAUGUAUGGCCUUUCCCAAGAUCCCGAUACAAAAGAAUAUUUGAUCGUUAUGCCAUUUGUUGAGAAUGGUAACUUGCGUUCCUUUCUCAAUAAAAACUUUCACGUAGCAGAUUGGGAAUUUAAACUCCAAUUGCUUUACAGUAUCGCGUUUCGACUCUCCCAUAUUCAUAGUCGGAAUAUGGUUCACAGAGAUUUACAUGGUGGAAAUAUACUUGUGAUGAUCGACAAAGAUGGCAAUGGAAGGGGGGAAAUAACGGACUUCGGUCUCUGUCGCUCUACUGCGGAUAAUGUGGAAGAGGGUGAUGUCUUUGGUGUACUACCUUACAUUGCUCCAGAGGUUUUAAAAGGUGGGACGCAUACCCUUGCAUCCGAUAUUUACGCUUUCGGUGUUAUAAUGUGCGAAAUGACAACGGGACAGUCAGCAUUCUGUGAUCGCGCUCACGAUGUGUCAUUGUUAAUUGAUAUCCUCAAUGGAACUCAACCUAAAAUUCUUGACGACACUCCUAAAGAAUAUUAUCAACUGGCGAAACGUUGCCUUGACGCUGAUCCUGACAAUCGUCCGGGUGCGUGGGAACUUCGUAAUUUUUUUUCUAAUCGUUACGUUUCCAAAAGCGUUCCACCGGAAUAUCGAGUAGCGGAUGAACGUAAAAAGGAUCUCCUUCCUCAAGGUUCACAUCAGAUUUACCACACCGAUGCAAUUUACACGAGCCGUAAUUUGAGUUUUACUAAAUCUGUAAACCAACUAAAAAUUGCGAAUAGGAAUCAAGAUUCCAGUCAAAUUAAUCUGCAAGUCCCGGACGACUUUUGA